GUGUUCCUGAUACCUGGAGGCAGACUGACGGUACUUUCCAUGGAUCCAAACAUCCAGGGGUCUUUCCUGUUCAACAACGGCCUGAACCAGUUUCCAUCGGACCUCAAGGCACCGGUGUGCCAGUACUCCAUGCCCAACUCCUUCUACAAGCUCAACCCGGGCCUCAACAGCCAGCUGCAGCCAGGGACGCCGCACGGCAUCAGCGACAUCCUGAGCCGCUCCAUGGUCGGCGUGGGCUCGACGGGCACCACCACCCUGCUGUCCGGAUAUUCCACCAUGGGGGGCUUCGGCCCCUCGGUCACCAGCACCUCGAUGUACUACAACCGAGACUACAACUCCUCCCUGGGCGGCUUCUCCAAGCCCGGCGCCGAGUGCCCCAUGAAGGCUCGCAGCGUGAGCUGCUGGGCAGAGAGCAGCUGCGACUGGAGAGGAGGGCGGCAGCAGUGCAGCAACAGCAGCGGUCAUCUCGGGGAGAUGUCCAACAGGAAGAAACACACCCGGCCGACAUUCAGUGGCCAUCAGAUAUUUGCUCUGGAGAAAACUUUUGAGCAGACCAAAUAUUUGGCCGGGCCUGAGCGGGCGAGACUGGCGUACUCUCUGGGAAUGACUGAGUCACAAGUUAAGGUGUGGUUUCAGAACCGGCGCACCAAGUGGCGGAAGAAGAGCGCGUCGGAGCCGAGCUCCACGCAGGCCAGCCACGCGGGGCAGAGCGGGGAGGCCUCGGAGAACGAGGUGGAGGACGAGGAGUACAACAAGCCGCUGGACCCGGACUCCGACGACGACAAGAUCCGGCUGCUGCUGCGCAAACACCGCCGGGCUUUCUCCGUGCUGCGCCUCGGGCCGCACCACGUCUGA